UAAUGAAGCGUCGCUCUGACUGUCAGCCAUGUUGUUGGUGUGACACCACACUACCACCAGCAACAGGUACAAUACCCAGCCAAGCAUAUUUGUUUUGUUUUUUUUUAAAUACUAGACCAAGUUUUACGUUUGCCAUUAUUUUCUUGAAGGAUUUUCAUGACGGGGAAUGUGUUCAUCGUCCAGACCAAGGAUUAAAGAAGAAAUCCAAAACCAGUUGUGCGUAGCACCGCGAUAAUGAUGCGGAUGACUGUGAGCUAUCCUGCUGAGUAGAAGAUUGGGACUGCUUGCGACCCCCCUUCCCCCCCCCCGACUCCCUCUCCAUCCCUCCCCCCCACACCGCUCCUGCAGCCAUGAAUGGUGGUCACAUUGUUUGGGCCAUCACUCCUGAGGAGAGGGACAAACACAACAAGCAGUUUGACACCCUCUCCCCCACUCUCGGCUAUGUGUCAGGAGACCAGGCGCGAAAGUUUUUCCUGCAGUCUGGCCUCCCCUCAACUGUGCUCGCCGAAAUAUGGGCUCUGGCAGACAUGAACAAGGAUGGGAAGAUGGACCAGCUGGAGUUCUCCAUUGCCAUGAAGCUGAUAAAGAUGAAGCUGCAGGGCCAGAGCCUGCCCAGCUCUCUACCCCUCAUCAUGAAGCAGCCGCCUGUACCCGCACCAUCUCCCAUGGCAUCUUCCUCAGCCCGCUUUGGGAUGGGAUCCAUGCCAAACCUGUCCAUCAUGCCUACCAUGCCCAUCUUGGCACCAAUGCCUAUGACUACCUCCAUGACGUCGAUGAGCACCAUGGGAACCAUGGGGCCACUGAUGCCCACCGGGCUGCCCAUGUCCCUGGUGCCAUCCCUCAGCAUCCCCACCCUACCGAACGGACCAGCAGCAAUCUUGCAGCCAACUCUUGCCAUGACCACAACUCUCCCACUGUCCAGCUCCUUCUCUUCUCCUCCACUUGGGUUUGGAGGAGCCGGUGUGACGAAGACACAGUCUCUGCUGGACCUCGGCUCAAGCAGCUCCAACUCCUCCUCCACCACCUCUCUGACCAGCAACUCUCCAAAAGUGGGGUCCUUGGACUGGGCAGUGCCUCAGUCAUCCCGGCUGAAAUACCGCCAGCAAUUCAAUGGGCUUGACAAGCAGAUGACUGGGUACCUCUCAGGUACUCAGGUGAAGAAUGCUCUGGCUACAACAAACCUGACUCAGACACAGCUGGCUACUAUAUGGAACCUGGCAGAUGUGGACAAAGACGGGCAGCUGAAGGCGGAUGAGUUCAUCCUGGCCAUGCACCUGGUGGACAUGGCCAAAACCGGCCAGCCACUGCCCCUGACGUUACCUGCCGACCUGGUCCCCCCCUCUCUCAGAGGUGGGAAAUCUGGUGAUUCAGUGAAUGGGACAGUGCAACCCCUCUUUGUUGGAAUCCCAGAGGAACUGGAGGCAGAGCCCCCACAGAAGACCAAGCCUAAUGUGUCGUUUGAGGACAAGCUGAAGGAGAACUUCCAGCGGGGGAAUGCCGAGCUGGAGAAGCGUCGGCAGGUCCUCCUGGAGCAGCAGCGCAGGGAGGAGGAGCGGCGAGCGCAGAAAGCUCGGGAGGAGCAGGAGCGGAGAGACAGAGAGGCGCGUGAACAGGAGAUGAGGAGGAAACAAGAGGAGGAGCGGAGGCUGGAGCGUCAGCGAGAGAUUGAGAGGCAGAAAGAGGAGGAACGACUGAAGGAGCUUGAGAGAAAAGAGGCAGCCAAGCAGGAGCUGGAGAGGCAGAGGAAGCUGGAGUGGGAGCGAAGAAAAAGGCAGGAGCUGCUGAAGCAGAAGAGCCAGGAGCAGGAGGAGAUCACCCGGCUAAAGGCCAAAAAGAAGAGCCUGGAGCUGGAGCUGGAGGCUGUGGGUGACAAGCACAAGCAGAUCUCAGACCGGCUCCGAGAUGCCCAGAGCAAGAGGAAGGUCCAGAAGAGCGAACUGGAUCUGGUCAAUCAGAACCGGGAUAUUCGCAUCCUAGAGAUCAACAGCCUACAGAAGCAAUUUGAGGAUAGUCAGAAGAAGCUAUCUCAGCUGGUCCCUGAGCAACAGAUGCUCAGUGACAGGCUGCGUAAUCUGAGUCUGAACAACCUACCCUCCACGACAUGUAAUUCUGUGAAGAUGAACGCCUCAGAGAAGGAGUUGACCUGCAGGAAACUAAAGGAGCAGCUGGACGCUCUUGAGAAGGAGACGUCGGCUAAGCUCUCUGAGAUGGAUCAGUACAACAAGGACAUCAAGUUUGAGGAUAUGGAUGACUGCGUGCUACAAGGUCUUCUCUCUUUGCUGGGCUGUCUUAGCAAUCUCUUCCUUCUAAUAAAGGAGCUCAGGGAGAGCCAGAGCAAACAGCAGGCCACCCUCAACAAACUCUGCAGAGUCAAGGAGGAGAAGCUCCGGGAGAUCCAAAGGCGAAGGGAGGAGGAGCUGGAGCAGAAGAGGAAGGAGGAAGAGGAGGCCAUCAGGAAAGCCAAGCUGGAGAAGGAGCGCCAAUGGAAGGAGAAGUUGAAGAAGGAUGAAGAAGAGCGCCAGAGGAGGCUGCAGGAGGAACGAGAGGCCAAGCAGAGGGAGGAGGAGGCACGGGAGACUCAGGCACGCCUCCGGGCUGCCCUGGAGCGGGCAGAGCAGGAACGUAGAUUGGCAGAAGAGGAGGAGCGGCGAAGGAAGGAGGAGGCCGAGCGAAGGGAAGAGGAGAGGAGGAGGGAAGAAGAGAGGAGGGCAGAGGAGCAGAGAAAGCAGGAGGAGCAGAGGCUGGAGGAGGAGAGGCAGCGGGAGGAGCGUAGGAUGGCAGAGGAGGAAAGAAAGAGGCUAGAAGAGGAGAGGAAGAGGCUAGAGGAGGAGAGAAAGAGGCUAGAAGAGGAGCGGCGGGAAGAGGAAAGGAGGCGUGAGCGAGAGGAGGAGGAGAGGCGCAAGCAGCGUGCACAAGAGGCAGCCAUCCGGGAUGCUGAGGAGCGGAAGAGGCAGGAGGAGGAGAGAAAGAAACGGGAGGAGGAGAGGAGGAGACAGGAAGAGGAGAAGCGGAGACAUCGAGAAGAGGAAAGGAGGAAACAGGAAGAAGAGAGAAGACACCAAGAAGAGGAGAAGAGGAAGCAAGAAGAAAAGAGGAGACAGGAAGAGGAGAGGAAGAGAAAGCAGCAGGAAGAGGAAGCAGCCAGGCAGCAGAAACCUCAACAACAACAACAGCACCAGAACAGUGCCAAAGCAGAAAUUCAUGAAAAACUCUCUGCCAUUUUCAAUCGCCUAGAGGACAGAAAAGCCGGUCUGCGGCCCGUUACUUCGGCACACAGGAAGUCUGCAGCUCUGACCACCUACAGAGCUCUCUACCCUUUUGUAGCCAGAAACACAGAUGAACUAACCUUCGAGGCUGAUGACCUGAUAGAGGUGGAUGAGAUGACUGAGGGGGAGCCAGGAUGGCUGUAUGGAAGUCGCCAGGGAAAGAUGGGCUGGUUCCCUGCAAGCUACGUGGAGCAACAGGCCAAACCAGAAAAUUCACCUACUGCCAAACAUGCCUUAACUUCCCAGUCAGUGCCAGGCGCAGGGUCCUCCAGCAGACUGGAGACAGAGGGGAGUGAAGCCUCCACAGGGCAGUGUGUCCCCAGCAAUGUGGGACAGAACUCUGCCUUCACACCCACCCACGCCCCAGCCUCAGUCACCACAGAGCAUGGGCAGGUUAUGGGGAAAGUCCAGGCCCAAGCACUGUGCUCCUGGACAGCCAAGACAGACAUCCACCUGAAUUUCUCCAAGGAUGACAUCAUCACGGUGCUGGAGCAGCAGGAGAACUGGUGGCUGGGAGAACUCAACGGGGUUCAGGGCUGGUUCCCCAAAACUUACGUCACGCUGAUGACUGGAUCCGAUUCCAGUACAGAGGCAAUAUAUUCCUCUGUAGAUGGAUUUGACACAGCAGACACUGGCCAGCAAGAAGAGUAUGUGGCCCUGUACACCUAUAACAGCCCUGAGCCUGGAGACCUGACCUUCAAUGAGGGGGACACCAUCCUGGUGACGGAGAGAGAGGGGGAGUGGUGGAGGGGCAGUAUCGGGGAGAGGAGCGGACUGUUCCCCUCUAACUACGUCAGGCCAAAGGAGACUGAUGCCUCAGACAACACUGGCAAAGCUGGAACUCUCAGCAAAAAGCCAGUGAUUGCCCAGGUGACAGCUCCCUACACGGCCACGGGUACGGAGCAGCUGAGCCUCACUCCUGGACAGGUCAUCCUCAUUCUCGCCAAGAACCCCACCGGCUGGUGGCAGGGGGAACUGCAGGCAAGGGGUAAAAAGCGGCAGAAGGGAUGGUUCCCAGCCUCUCACGUCAAAGUCUUAGGCCCCAACAGUGGGAAGUCCACACCAGCUCCUGUCCCGAUCUGCCAGGUCAUCGCCAUGUAUGACUACAAGGCAGCCAAUGAAGAUGAGAUGAGCUUCUCCAAGGGUCAGCUGAUCAACGUGCUGGAGAAGGAUGAUGCCGAUUGGUGGAAAGGAGAGCUCAAUGGUGUCACAGGCCUAUUCCCCACCAACUACAUCAAGAUGACCACAGAGUCUGACCCCAGCCAGCAGUGGUGCGCUGACCUGCUGAGCCUGGACACCAUGAGUCCACUGGAGCGGAAGAGGCAGGGCUACAUCCAUGAGCUGAUCGAGACUGAGGACCGCUACAUGGGCGACCUGCAGCUUGUACUGGAGGUCUUUUAUAAGCCCAUGUCUGAGUCGGGUCGUCUGACCGAGGCAGAGCUAAAUAUGAUAUUCGUCAACUGGAAGGAGCUCAUUAUGUCCAACACCAAGCUGCACAAAGCCUUGCGGGUGAGGAAGAAGACCGGUGGUGAGAGAAUGCCUGUGCAGAUGAUUGGAGAUAUCCUGGCCUCUGAGCUCUCCCACAUGCAGGCCUACAUCCGCUUCUGUAGCUGCCAGCUCAAUGGCGCUGCCCUGCUGCAGCUCAAGACUGACCAGGAGCCAGAAUUCAAGGACUUUCUCAAGAAAAUUGCCACUGAUCACCGAUGCAAAGGCAUGCCUCUCUCCAGCUUCCUACUCAAACCCAUGCAAAGGAUCACCCGCUACCCUCUCCUCAUCAAGAAUAUCCUGGAGUGCACCCCUGAGACACACAUAGACAAUGGGCAGCUAAGAGAGGCCUUGGAGAGGGCAGAAGAGCUCUGUUCGCAGGUGAACGAGGGCGUGCGGGAGAAGGAGAACUCGGACCGACUGGAGUGGAUCCAGGCUCAUGUGCAGUGUGAGGGCGUGAUCGAGCAUCUCAUUUUCAACUCCCUGACCAAUUGCCUGGGUCCCCGUAAGCUACUACACAGCGGAAAGCUGUACAAGACCAAGAGUAACAAGGAGCUGUAUACCUUCCUGUUCAAUGAUUUUCUGCUGCUCACCCACACCGUCAAGCAAUUCUCCUCCUCAGGGGGGGACAAACUCUUCAGCCCCAAGUCCAACUCACAGUUGAAGGUGUACAAGACUCCUGUGUUCCUGAACGAGGUCCUCGUCAAGAUGCCCUCCGACCCUUCUAGUGAUGAACCAGUCUUCCACAUCUCCCACAUUGACCGUGUUUACACCCUCAAGACAGAAAACAUCAAUGAGAGGACGGCCUGGGUCCAGAAGAUCAAAACCGCGUCAGAGCAUUUCAUUGACACAGAGAAGAAGAAGCGAGAAAAGGCAUAUCAAGCACGCUCUCUGAAGGCCAGUGGAAUCGGGCGCCUUCUGGUCACCAUAUUGGAAGCCACAGAACUGAAGUCCUCCAAACCUAAUGGGAAGAGUAACCCGUACUGUGAGGUGACCAUGGGUGCACAGUGCUACAACUCCCGUACUCUCAACGACACGCUCAACCCCAAGUGGAACUUCAACUGCCAGUUCUUCAUUAAGGACCUAUACCAGGAUGUCCUGUGUAUCACCCUCUUUGAGAGGGACCAGUUCUCCCCUGAUGACUUCCUGGGUCGCACAGAGGUUCCUGUUGCGACCAUCAAGAAGGAGCUGGAGAACAAGGGCCCUGCAAACCGGCGGCUGCUCCUGCAUGAAGUUCCGACGGGGGAGGUUUGGGUGCGGUUAGACCUGCAGCUGUUCGACCAGAAAACGCACAAGUGAAGACUAGCUGUGUCCACACGCCCAUCUCCUGAUCACUGCCUGCUGAAAAUCUGGCAUCCCCUUCCCCUGCCAUGCCCUGGAUGUCCUUCAACUACUGUGGAGCUUGUCAUUGGCUGAUAAUGUAGUCGCACUGGGCCAAUCAUAGAAUGGCUACACACUAGUGAUUCUUCUUCAUUGCUUCUGUCACCAACCCAGCUACUGUGACGAUGCCAAUUGCUUUUGCAUAUGGAGGCCAUAAUAGAAGGGGUAUACUGUAUAUUUCGGAAACCAUCAUUAUUUAAAGAUUUUCUUAUCCAUACAUCCCGAGAGGAUUGUAGAAUGUAAUGUACAGACAAGAGGACAUGUCUGACCAAAACUGUUGUUUAUCACUGGAUAUGGGAAUAUCUCAGGAUUUCUCAACAACACACACACACACACACACACACACACAAAGGGCUGUCUUCCUCCUGCUUCAUUUGAAAUCAAUAUCUCCUUCAUUGAUUGUAAUCUGCACUGACUACUUUUCUAUUAGAAUAAAUCUUUCUCCAGUCCUCUAUUGCAUAAGUAACAUAGAAUAAUGUUAAAUGCCUCAGUCAAUAUUGACUUUUUUGACCUGUUCAUAAGAAAGAAAAAAUAGUUUGAAACUGAUUUCUGCCAUGACUAAUGUUUAUAUAUCUGUGUGUGUGUGUUUAUGUAUGUGUGUAUGUAUGUAUGUACGAAUGUAUGUAUGUACUUUUGGGUUGUUUUCAACAUGUUUUGGUUGUGCUGCCACUGGUAGUCUAUCUCUUGUCUAAACCUUAUGGUAAGUCUAUCUCUCGGCUGCUUUCUCUUGAGAAAAGUCUGAUUUUUCAAGAUACAUGAUAAAGUGAGGGCAAAAACCAUCAGUGACUCCAAACAUUUAAUCAAUAUUAGAUUGUGUUUAUGCUUCACGGCAGAAUUUUAUUUAUUUUAAUUUAUAUGUUGGUCUGUGUGUGGUCUGUGUAAUACUUGGAAAUUGAAUAUUUGAUUCCUGGACUUCGGUUGGAAUCAAUAUUCAGACUGUUUUUGCUCACAAUUACAAAUUAUUAUGAAUAAUAGAAUUUAGGCCAAAUUUACUAUUUCCAUAUAUAAUGUAGUUGUAAGCAAUUAGAGCCACAGUUCUGUUGUACCAAAACUGCAAUUUCCCUCAAUUAAAAAAUUAAAAAGUGUUACUUUU